GGUACUCCCUAAAUUCAUGAGAUGGCCAACACCAUGCAAAUCUCCAAAGAUGAGCUGGAGGAACUCAAGGAGGCCUUUGCCAAAGUUGAUCUCAACAGCAACGGGUUCAUCUGCGACUAUGAGUUGCACGAGCUCUUCAAGGAAGCCAACCUGCCUCUCCCUGGCUACAAAGUGAGGGAGAUUAUCCAGAAGCUCAUGAUCGACAGUGACAAGAAUAAAGAUGGGAAGAUUAGUUUUGAAGAGUUUGUCUACAUUUUCCAAGAGGUGAAAAGCAGUGAUAUCGCUAAAACAUUCAGAAAAGCCAUUAACAGGAAGGAAGGAAUCUGUGCGAUCGGGGGGACGUCAGAGCUCUCCAGCGAGGGGACACAGCACUCCUACUCAGAGGAAGAAAAAUAUGCCUUUGUAAACUGGAUAAACAAAGCCCUGGAAAAUGAUCCCGACUGUAGGCACGUUGUUCCAAUGAACCCAAAUACAGAUGACCUGUUCAAAGCUGUGGGAGAUGGGAUCGUGCUAUGCAAAAUGAUCAACCUUUCUGUUCCGGACACGAUUGAUGAAAGAGCAAUUAACAAGAAGAAGCUCACACCAUUCAUAAUUCAGGAGAACCUGAACCUGGCGUUGAAUUCUGCAUCUGCCAUCGGAUGUCAUGUUGUCAAUAUUGGCGCAGAGGACUUGAGGGAAGGGAAACCCCACCUGGUCCUUGGGCUUCUCUGGCAGAUCAUCAAGAUCGGCUUGUUCGCCGACAUCGAGCUCAGCAGAAAUGAAGCACUCGCUGCCUUACUUCGUGAUGGUGAAAAUCUGGAGGACCUCAUGAAACUAUCUCCAGAAGAGCUGCUCCUAAGAUGGGCCAACUUCCACUUGGAAAACGCAGGCUGGCACAAAAUCAAUAACUUCAGCUCAGAUAUCAAGCUUGCAGAUUUUGGUAAUUCAGUAAAGGAUUCCAGAGCUUAUUUCCACCUCCUCAAUCAAAUUGCACCUAAAGGGCAGAAAGAAGGAGAGCCUCAGAUUGAUAUUAAUAUGUCAGGUUUCAAUGAAAAGGAUGACUUGCGGAGAGCAGAGUUCAUGCUUCAGCAGGCAGAUCGGCUCGGCUGUCGGCAGUUCGUCACGCCGGCUGAUGUGGUCAGUGGCAAUCCCAAACUGAACCUGGCCUUCGUUGCCAACCUGUUCAACAAGUACCCAGCACUUACCAAGCCUGAAAACCAGGACAUCGACUGGACCCUACUGGAAGGAGAGACACGUGAGGAACGGACCUUCCGCAACUGGAUGAACUCCCUUGGUGUGAACCCCCAUGUAAAUCACCUCUACGGCGAUCUCCAAGAUGCACUGGUAAUACUACAAUUAUAUGAAAAGAUCAAAGUUCCUGUUGACUGGAAUAAGGUUAACAAGCCUCCGUACCCUAAGCUUGGAGCAAAUAUGAAAAAGCUAGAAAACUGUAACUAUGCUGUAGACUUGGGAAAGCAUCCAGCUAAAUUCUCCCUGGUUGGCAUCGGAGGGCAGGAUCUGAAUGACGGAAACCCAACGCUGACACUAGCCUUAGUCUGGCAGUUGAUGAGGAGGUACACGCUGAACGUCCUCGAGGACCUGGGUGACGGUCAGAAAGCGAACGAUGACAUUAUAGUCAGCUGGGUAAACCAGACCCUGAAGGAAGCUGGCAAGUCCACCUCCAUCCAGAAUUUCAAGGACAAGACUAUCAGCACAAGCUUGGCGGUUGUGGAUUUAAUUGAUGCUAUACAGCCUGGCUGUAUUAACUAUGACCUUGUAAAGACCGGUCAUCUAUCGGAAGAUGACAAACACAAUAAUGCUAAGUAUGCUGUGUCCAUGGCAAGAAGAAUUGGUGCCAGGGUAUAUGCUCUUCCAGAAGAUCUUGUGGAGGUGAAACCGAAGAUGGUCAUGACAGUGUUUGCCUGCUUGAUGGGCAGAGGCAUGAAGCGAGUAUAAAAGGGUUGAUCCAUGUAAAGAAAAAACAAACCAAACCCAAAACACAACAAAAACCCAACCUGCCACCCUGGGUGCAUGAGUAGCAGAUCAGCUGUGACCAUGUUGAAAUGCUGUUGGCCUAAGAACUGUUGAAGUUCAAAGGACUUUGUUUUGCUUUGCAAGACAAACUCUUAUCAAAAUUCUCAGGGAGAGGAGUUUUAACCAACAGACGUGCUCUUUUCCCAAAGGAAAGUUUAACUUAUCAAGAGCUCACAGAAAUGCAUUCAUAACAGACCUGCAUCUUGCAGUACUGCUCUGGAGCUGUUUUCACCCCGUUAUUUCUCAGAUACGUGGUGUGUGGGGUU